AUGUCCAACGAUCCCUUUGAAGAAGCUCAGGCGGACAUCCUGUCUCUGCUACAACAGACUCGACCUCUGCACCAAUCCUACUUGCGCAUACGAUCCACGGCUUCCUCACCAUCCGCACCCGAACUGGUUGAAGCACGCGAUGAGCUCGAAGGGACUCUCAUGGAUCUCUCCACAGACCUGCAAGAUCUGGUAGACUCCGUCCGAGCAGUGGAAGGUGAUCCAUACAAAUAUGGCCUCGAUGUACCCGAAGUCCAACGACGUCGAAAACUGGUUGAAGAGGUCGGGAAAGAAGUAGAGGAAAUGCAUAAGCAGCUCAACCAGACUGUCCAUGCUGCCGAUCAGCUGGCACAUCCGGACUCCUUUGGCCAAGAUGUCAACGGCGCAGACGAGGACGAUGACUUUGGCGCUUGGGAGGAACAACGACAGAUGGAGAUGCUGCACGAACAAGACGAAGCGCUCGAUGGCGUGUUCCAAACUGUCGGCAAUCUAAGGAUGCAGGCUGAUACGAUGGGAAGAGAGCUGGAGGAGCAAGCCGAGCUGCUCGACGAUACAGAAAACAUCACGGACCGAGUGGCAGGCAAGCUGGGGACGGGCAUGAAGAAGAUCCGUUAUGUGAUUGAGCAGAAUGAGGAUCGAUGGUCUGGCUGCUGCAUAUCGGCGCUCAUUGUUGUCUUGAUUAUUCUUCUUAUUCUGGUUGUAGUGAUUUGA